UUUGUGUGGAAACCCGCACCGCUGUUUGUUUGAAAUGUCGGGUCGGGGAAAGCAGGGCGGCAAGGCUCGCGCCAAGGCCAAGACGCGCUCGUCGCGGGCCGGGCUCCAGUUCCCGGUGGGCCGCGUCCACCGCCUGCUCCGCAAGGGCAACUACGCGGAGCGGGUCGGGGCGGGCGCGCCGGUGUACCUGGCGGCCGUGCUGGAGUACCUGACGGCCGAGAUCCUGGAGCUGGCGGGCAACGCGGCCCGCGACAACAAGAAGACGCGCAUCAUCCCGCGCCACCUGCAGCUGGCCAUCCGCAACGACGAGGAGCUCAACAAGCUGCUGGGCCGCGUGACCAUCGCGCAGGGCGGCGUCCUGCCCAACAUCCAGGCCGUGCUGCUGCCCAAGAAGACCGAGAGCCACCACAAGGCCAAAGGGAAGUAAAAUCUAGUACAGAGGACACUUGCCUACAGUUUUACUACAGCAAAUUCAAGGCUCUUUUCAGAGCCAUCCAUAUUUCCACAAGAAAGGCUGGUAGCCCAAUUUAUGUUACGUUGAUAGUUCUUAACAUUUUGUGUAACAGAUAAGGUUAAGUUAACGCUACGAUCCAAAUAAACAGGCAUAGCCGACGUCGUUUCGCUGUAAGAAGGUAGAGUGAAAUGUACAAACAAAGGAAAUUUGCUUUUUGACCAAUACAACCUCGUAAGGUUUUUCCAAUUUUUAGUUUUAGGAAAAAUCAUUUUAUCUCGGGUCAUUGUGUGUAUCUAGCAUUACCAAACCAGGUGCUUUACGUGUGAUGUUCCAGAUACACCCAGGGUCCCUGUCAUGUAGUCCACGGGAAAAACUCGGUAUUAAAGGGAGCUAUAAUGACCAAAGACGUAGGAAGUGGCAAUCUAGGCGACCCGAUAUUUACUUCAAAAUAACUAACGUAAGGGAAAAGAGGACAAAUUUGUACUCAAUGAAGGGUGCAGACCAGCAGGAUUGAUAACCUUCGAGUCUAAGAAAUUUGGAGAAUUUCAGGCCCGACCUAGACUUACAGAACAACAAAUUCCAUUUUACAUGUUUAUUUCUUAAUUGGCUGGUUAAGCAUACUGUACUUAGUGAAAGUAUAAAACAUACCGAAAAGAGAGAGAGAGGUGGCAUAAUUUAUCCAAUCAGAUUCUCCGGUAAUUAAUCAAUGUGCUUACCGUUUGACCAAUGGUUUUAGCGCCCAGAUCUUUUGAAAAAUUACAAGGCCAAUCAGAAUGCUUCUUACUGUAUAUAAUGGAAUCUUUCGCCCUUUACCCGCUAGGCUGUCGGUGUGUCUUUAGUUUCGUCU